CUAAACACAACACGUGCAAGCAUCUACAUACACCCCCUGUAUCUAUCCAUCUCCACCCAUUUCUAAAUCGUUCUCCACAAGCUUCCUUUCAUUUUCAUCUCUACAAAAACACACACACACCACAACACAAUCAAACAAUUUUACUCUAAUUCAAAUCAAUUCAAAUUCUCCCGCCAAAAAUGAGCUCGAGAUCGAAACGAGCCCUAAGCUCAAACGCAUCGACUAAAUCAACCAACAAGAAGAACAAAACGAACCAGAAAACCCUAGGCGUGGCUUGGAGCGCCGCCGGUUCUCGCGCUUCGACGUUCAAGUCGUCUCCGUUCUCCGAUACCGCAAGUUACAUGGCAGUUAAGAAUCAGAAGCUACAUGAACAGUUUGAUGCUGCCGCUUCCACCACCUUUCAAGGAGAAUUGUCUUCAGGAAAACCUAUAUUUCACGGGGUAUCAAUUUUUGUUGAUGGAUUCACGAUUCCUUCCAGUCAGGAGCUAAGAGGUUACAUGUUGAAACAUGGCGGGCGUUUCGAAAAUUAUUUUUCACGGCAUCGUGUUACUCACAUAAUCUGCAGUAACCUUCCUGACAGUAAAAUUAAGAAUUUGAGGUCUUUCAGUGCUGGACUUCCUGUACUGAAACCAACAUGGGUCUUAGAUUCUGUUGCUGCUAACAAACUCUUGAGUUGGCACUCUUACCAACUUGACCAGAUUGCUACUGAAACUCAGGGACAACCAAAAUUGUCUGCAUUCUUUCCCCUGAAAAGGAGCCCAUUCUCAUGUAACUAUGCUACUAAUGCGAUCGGUCAGCCACUAUCUAAGAUUGAGGAUCAAACUCCUAAGCUAGAUGCAGUGGUGACCAACAACUCUUUUGGAGAAGGUGAAACCAGAAAAGAGACAGAACAGUGCGACGUAUUAUCUGACAUUCAACUGAAGGUAGAUUCAGCAGUGAAUAAGAACUCAUAUGGGGAAAGUCAAUUCCUAGAGGAGAUAACACAUGCAAACAUAGAAACUGACAUCCCAUUGAAUGAGAGUCUCAUCAAAGCAAAAGAUGAGGAGAUAGGAUGUAAUGAUGUAAAACUUUGUGAACCUAGCACAUCUGAACCAGGUGAUGCUACAUCAGACAGUAUUCUUGCUGAAAAUGAACUCAAAUUUAUCAGUCCUGGUGAGCCUUCUACUUCUCAUAGCACUUACUCCACGGACAAGCAUAAUAUUAGCGAAUCCUCAAAUUCAAGGAUUGUUAUGAGCUCAAGUCAUUCUACUCUUGAGGACCCUAAUUUCGUGGAAAAUUAUUUUAAGCAUUCAAGGUUGCACUUUAUUGGAACAUGGAGGAAUCGCUACCGCAAGCUUUUUCCUGCCACAUAUUCCGGAACUAAAGGCACAAAUUCCAGUCUCCAUACCCGCUUGACUGAUGAACAGGCAACUGUUAUUCACGUAGAUAUGGAUUGCUUCUUUGUUUCGGUCGUUAUAAGGAACAAUCCUGAAUUACAAAAUAAGCCUGUUGCUGUUUGUCACUCUGACAAUCCUCGUGGAACUGCUGAAAUUUCAUCAGCAAAUUAUCCUGCCAGAGCUUAUGGGGUUAGGGCAGGAAUUUUUGUUAGGGAUGCAAAAUCCAUGUGCCCAGACCUUGUCAUAGUUCCAUAUAAUUUUGAAGCAUAUGAAGAGGUCGCUGAUCAAUUCUAUGGCAUACUGCAUAAGCACUGCAACAAAGUGCAGGCUGUUAGUUGUGAUGAAGCAUUCUUAGAUGUCUCCGAUUCUAAGAUAGAGGAUCAUCAGUGUUUAGCUUCGAUAAUAAGGAAGGAGGUAUUUGAUACUACUGGUUGCAAAGCAAGUGUUGGCAUUGCUGGGAAUAUGCUCAUGGCGCGCCUUGCAACUAGAAAUGCUAAACCAGACGGUCAGUGCUACAUUCCUGCUGAUAAGGUGGAAGAGUAUUUAAAUGAACUUCCAAUUAAAGCACUUCCAGGAAUUGGGCAUGUCCUAGAGGAUAAACUGAAAAGGAGAGAAGUAAAAACAUGCAAACAACUGCGUCUGAUUUCCAAGGAAUCUCUUCAAAAGGAAUUUGGUUUAAAAACUGGUGACAUGCUUUGGAAUUAUAGCAGAGGAAUAGACAAUCGGUCUGUUGGAGCGUUUCAGGAAAGCAAGUCUAUAGGUGCUGAAGUAAACUGGGGAGUGAGGUUCAAUAAUUUAGAACAUUGCCAAUAUUUUCUCCUAAACCUUUGCAAAGAGGUCUCUUUGCGUUUGCAAGGAGCUGGAGUGCAAGGCCGCACUUUCACUCUUAAGGUAAAGAAGAGAAAAACUGAUGCUGGAGACCCAGUGAAAUAUAUGGGCUGUGGGGAUUGUGAAAACCUUAGUCAUUCAUUAACGGUUCCUAUGGCUACUGAUGACGUAGAUGGCCUGCACAGGAUAGCAAUAAAGCUGUUUGAUUUAUUUCACAUAGAUGUGAAGGAGAUCCGGGGGAUGGGGUUGCAAGUUUCGAAACUUGAAAAUGCAGACAGUGGUCAUCAAGGGAACCAAAAGAAUUUUUUACGUUCUUGGCUCAUCUCUGCAUCCAGCACUAACAGAGAUCAAUGUGAAGUUAAAUCUAUAGCAGAAGGCAGUUGUGAAAGAGAGAAUCAGAAUGCAGAUGGAAAUUUGGGGCAGCAGUCGUGCACAAAUAUGAUUGUGGGUAGUGAUAUUUUGAGCAGUGAAGGUCAUGUCAACCGAGACUCUGUUCUCCCUCCUUUAUGUGAUCUUGAUAUGGGGGUGAUAGAGAAUCUACCUCCUGAUGUAUUCUCUGAACUUAACAACCGGUAUAGUGGAAAACUAAUUUCAUUUAUGUCAAAGCGUAAAGGCAAACUUGCUGAAAGCAACAUUGGAGGGAUGGCAUCAGAGGAAAGGGGAACUAGUGUUCCUUCUGUGGUCCCUUUGAGACCAUGCAAGGCAGAGAAAACGAGUACAGUUAAGGAAGUCUCGGUAACAGCUGCUUCUGGGAUGGUAGCGGGAAAUAAUGGUUCUUCCUUCUCUAGAAAUAUUGAUGUAAUGCCUUACUCUCUAAGCCAAAUUGAUGUUUCGGUUCUGCAUCAACUGCCUGAGGAAAUGAAAGCGGAAUUUCUUGAGCUUCUUCCUGCACACAGGAAGCAAGAAUGUAAUUCUGAUCCUGUUCCUGCCGAGUCCUGUCCUCAGCAGUCAUCUGAUUCAGAGUAUACUCAUAAUUUGUCCGGCUCGAGGGGAUCUAUUUCAGCCAAUGAGUAUUGGCUUGGGAAUCCACCGAAAUGGGUUGAAAAUUUCAAAAUGAGCAGUUGUUUGGUUUUAAAUAUUUUUGCAGAUAAUUAUUACAAAUCAGGUUCAGCAGGGAAAUUAUCUUCAAUACUACAACGAGCUAGGUCUAAUUUUGUUCCGAGCCUUGGUUUAACUCCUGAUGGUCUGGAUGAUGCUAUACUUUGCUUGUGUAAUCUAUUCAAGCAGUAUAUUGAAGUAAAGAUAGAAACAGAUAUUGAAGAGAUCUAUCUCUGUUUUCGGCUUCUAAAAAGGUUAUCGAAAAAGUCAACAUUCUUUUUAGAAGCAUAUAACGUCAUUCUUCCUGAAAUUCAGGCAACUGUCGGUGAAAAGUAUGGUGGAAAUUUCCUUGCUUAAUACUUGAAAACAUCGGUUUCUCGUAUUCGUAAGACAUUACAGCGUAUAAGGAUACAUUGUGGCAAUCCUGGUUCUGAAAUCCAUUUUCUAGCGGCAACUCUUCCUGCUCAAUGGGCAAUUGGGCAUCAUUAUAUUAAGUUGGCACCUAAAUUCCUAGCACAAGAAGCAUCUGAUGCUCUUGGCACACAGCUUGUAAAGGUUGCUGAUAGUUUGCUUAAAGAUUACACCGUUAUCUUUUGCAUUCAGUUUAAAGAGUCAUGUAAAAUGGACGGAGAGAGCACUUUUCUUUAUCUUCGGUGAUAUGAAGACCAUGGAUGAUGCAGAUGAAACAUGUAUGGGAAAGCCCAAAAUUUAUGAGCUGUUUUUUCAUAAUAUAGUUCAAAUAUGAUAGCCUGACCUUGAUGAAGAAAUGUAACCAUUUUCUUUAUCCCGUUUUCACUUGUAGAACAUAAUUCAUAUGUCUUAGUUUAGCUGGGAAGGAAUAGUCAAAGUUCUUACUUUCUUAGCAGUAGAUAUAAUCAAAAUUUGGUUUUAUGUUGAACCCAGAAAAUUCAUUUCCUAGUCUGUGUUUACUAUCGACUUUUGGAAUAAGGAACUGUCAAGAUUUGUAUACAGCAUGUAUAUGUUGACAUCCAUGUAUAUACAUGUGAGUCCAGUCGUGAGAUGGGGAGGGAACUCAAGUCUUAGCAAGUAUUCCCUA